CCUUGAAGAAACCCACCGGCGGCGUUCGCGGAAAAAAUUCUUUCAAAUGGACCGAACAAAAAACUGAGAAGAUAAAAUUAGUGUUUAGGACAGUCGUGUUCGUCACCUCUUCAUCUGUAUCGAACGAAGGAUAUGUACAAAUGAAUCAGACAGGCCUGACUACAGAAGCCCUGGACUUUAUCGUUUACGUGUGUAGCAGCUUGAAUAACUGUGAACCGUUAGCUACUGGUUUGGUUGUCGAUAACAACUGGAGAGGUGUAUUUUACAAUCUCUGCUACGACCCAAAACGGUGCGACAAGGUUUUUACAGCCGCUGAGUAUGAUACCUUAUUCGGUGCGACUGUUUCUAGUUCACGCACUCAUCUGACGCUCAGGUACGUGACACCAGCUACAGGACCCAGGAUUUACUUGACCACUGGCCCGAAUUCUAACAAGUAUCAAAUGGUUUAUCUCCUGAACCGAGAGAUAAGCUUUGACGUCGACUUAUCUACCGUCGGAUGCGGAUUCGACGCAUCCUUUUUCUUUGUCGGAAUGGAAGAAGAUGGUGGGAUGGCCAGUCACAGUUACACAGGACCCAUUUACGGAACGGGCGGGUGCGACGCCCAGCUACCCGAGCCCAACAAACCAUCUUGCCACGAAUUAGACAUUAUUGAAGCCAACAGUUUAACCACAAUGAUGGUCACUCACACCUGCAAUGCCACCAACAACGGCUGCGAACCUUCCGGGUGUGCUUAUCUGCCGUACGCACUUGGAAAGAAAAAAUUCUACGGACGCGGGCCGUCUUAUUGCGUUGACACUACCAAAACUUUCACCAUCGUGACUCGUUUCGUUUCGGUCGACGGAACUGACACAGGGGACCUCAAAGAAAUCCAACGUUUCUACAAACAGAACGGCAGGACGAUACCGAAUCCAACAGUUGAGGGGAAUUUCAAUUCUAUAUCGGACGCUUACUGCAAAUACUACAAUCAGUGGAACAUGGGAGGAAUAUCGGCCAGCAUGAGUUACGGAUUAAAGAAAGGAAUGGUCCUCACAAUGGGAAUGGCUGGCUAUCCUGACAAACCAGACGUAUGGGGCUGGUUAGAUAAAGAACCCAACGGCCCUUGCCCAAUCUACAGCAACCCAAAUCCGAGUAUCACAUACGGAAAUAUUAAAUAUGGGUUUAUCGGAACAACUACCUAUUUAAAAGUAUGACCAGUAGAAUUACAAGAGGAGCAAAGCGGUUUGGAAAAAGUUUGAAAAAAAUGGGCCUUAUUACAUUUGUCUCACACUCUCACACCGUAUGUUAACUAACGCAUACUGUUAAGUUAAAACGUAGUGACAUUUAAUACACGUAUUCGGGAAUC